GGGGGUGGAAUAGCUGGGGGUUGAAGCAGCUGAGAGCAGUGCGAGUAGGUCACACCGACAACCACAGCGGGAGUACGCGCUUGGCCAAGGGCUCGUAAUUGCCCAUCGGUUUUUAAAAACACUUCUUCUUCUCCUUCUUCUUUUCGUAUUUGUUAUUUUUCUACGUUUCAAAUUCUUUUUUUGGGUUACCAUAAGGAAAAAAGAAUAAAAAGUUAAAAGUGCAACGUGUGCGUCAGAACUACAAAAGCGGUAGGAGAGAAAAAGAGUGGGUGGAGGUGGAAAAAAACACGUACGAUUCUCAAUUUCCAUAUUUAGAAUCUUAAGAUGCAAACCAGGAAGUCGCAGCUUCCUUUCCGCGAAAGACAUCUGGAGUUUGAAAAUCGAUCUAGGAACAGGAGAGAAUCAUCUGUCUCGUGGUACCUCAGAGCCACGUUGGAGCUCGGUAAUUGCACUUCCGUUCGUUAGACGAGAUACUCACGUAGAUGACGUUAUCUACUUUUGUGGAAAAUAGGAUGUGAUGUUGUGAUUGUGCUAUAUAUCCAUUGACUGUCGACAGAAAAUAAAACUUCCUUUUCUUUUCAUGAAAAAAAAUAAUUCUUCGGCUCCGUGUUAGCAAUUUUAAAUGUUUUUAUAUUCGUUGAUUCUUCUUUUUGUAGAGUUUUUUUUUACCAUUUAUUCAAUCCACGAUAGUGAUUAUUCAAAAUCCGUUUCGAUCAAGAUUUAUCUUGAGAAACCUAAUCAAACCGAGACUUAUCUUGUCAAGUAUUUAUAAAAACUUUAAUUGAUCUACAACGAUGUUAAUGUUGCUCUUGGCGAAUAUAUCCGUUAAAGAAAAAAUUUAUCUAAGAAAUCCGAGAAUCAUCUGAUUAAUUCUAGACUUGAUUGAAUUUUUUCUGGUAAAAUUGGGAGUUAUUCUGGAUCAAAUCAAAAUCCAUCUGAUCAAAGUUGACCUUACCGAAGCUUUUGGAAACUUGUCUUAUUUCUCCAAAGUUCGUCUGAAAAAAUUUAAAAACCUAAAUCAAUAUGAAUUCAAAACAAUUAAAAUUGGUCUUAAAACAUCGAAGAUAAUCUUUAAACCAAGUUUGGAAUUUAAAAAUUGAGACAAAUUCAAGAUUUAUGUGAUUAAAUAAAGUUUUAAAUGAUCAUAGGCUUAAAUAAUGAACAUUGUAAUGAUCAAAUUGACGUUGUAUUGUUAAUUAAAUCGACUAUUCGUUACUCUUACGAAACUAACAUUUGUUCUAAUCAAAAUUAAACUAAUCUUAGAAACAUUUUUGUGAUUCUCGAAAUUGGUAAACUUUGUAAAACAAAGAAUUGUUCAAGUUUAUGAAGAAUUAAAAUUACAGAAACAAAGUUAAAAGAGCUAAAGUAACAGUUGUUGAAAUUAAGAAAUAUUUAAUAAAGAAUUUGCAAAAGUUAAGCAUAACUGUUGUUAAAAUUAAGAAACAAAUAUUAAAUUAUUAAUGAAGCUAAAAAACAAUUGGUAAAGUUUUAGAAACAACAAUUGAUUAGAUCGUUGAUAAAAGAAAAGAAUUUCAAUUGACGAAAAACUUGGAUCAGAAUGUGAUGGUAUCAAGUGUCUUAAGGUGAAAAUUUCGAGCAACGAUUGGUGACUGGUUAUUUUAUAACCUUUGUAGCUAAGAAAGCAAACGAUAUUGAGAAAUAAUUAUUGUUGAGCUUUAGUAGAUAUUCCAGUAACCCUUGUUUAUAUCGUAAUUUGUACGAGAACUGUUGCUGUUAAAUUUUUUGCGAACAAUAUUGUCGUUAAUCGUUGAAAUUUACGGUAUCCAUUAAAACUUAAAAAAUAUACAAAUAUAAAAAACAAGUACCUACAUAGAUUAUUCCAGAGGCCUUUGCGUCGAACAGCAAAGUCAUUGUUACAACCGGCAUAGUGACCUAGACGUGCGUCGACAUCUAUCGAUCGCUGAUAAAUCAACAAUGACGAAAAUGUUUACUUAUUUAUAAGGAUUUCAAUUCUGUUUUAUGCCUCGCAGUUUUAGCGCCUUAAAGAUUUUAUAAAAAUUAUAAUCCUUUGCAAAGCAGCAAUUUUUAAUUUACUAAUGAAAUCCUUCUAAAAUUAAAAAUUUGAGGCGAAGAAUAAAUAAAGAAGAAAAAGAAAGGAUUAAAAGAAAAUAAAAUGAGAGUAAUUUAAAGAAACAAUAAGAAAAGAAACCCCUAGGUGAAAGAGAAUAAAAAGUGAUAUUUUCGGGUGUGAAUUUGGUGCGCGCCGGAUUAUUUAAGUGGGUCGGGAUCGCAAGUGACAGAUUGUGAUUGAGGAAGGACCACGUUCAAGGACGAUACGGGCAAGGCCAAUUGGUAAAAAAUUUCGAGAGUGAAUCUUACAUAAGUGGAAAAUUCAUGAACAAGAGGGAUAAUUUUGGAUAUUGGUUUUCAUCAAUUUCAAUUAAAAAUGAAAAAGAUUUUGUAUCAAUUAUUUGAAUUAAAAUUUAUUUUCAUUGCAUUGAUACUUCCAGGUAUUGUGUGAAAAAAUACUUUUUCCGAAUCUUUGAAAAAAAUCAGAAAUUUUUUCUUGCUUGAUUCGAAUCGUAGUUUAAAAUGGAUUACGCAGCAUCAACAAUGUUUGACAGCCUAAAAAACAAUCGUAUCAGCAAGUUGGCGCUCUCAAAAUUCCUGUCGCAAAGCCUACCGGUUACCCCAGCUAUCGAAGAAACAAGAGCACAACUAGAAACAACAGGUUCCGGUAAUCCAGGUAGUAAAUCUCCAGCAGGAGGAACAAGUGGUGAACCACGUACUCCUGUCGCAGGGCCACAAAACAAACAACUCCAAAAUGUCAAAGGCGACCAUCCUUCGAGAGCGUUUCUUCAAAGUAGAUCGGUCUCUCUGGUUGACAUGUACAUUGACAAUUCCGAACCCAGUGAGAACGUGGGACAGAUCCAGUUCAGCUUGGAGUAUGAUUUUCAGAAUACUAACCUCAUCGUUAAAAUUAUACAGGGUAAAGAUCUACCAGCAAAGGAUCUGUCCGGCACGUCUGAUCCUUAUGUAAGGGUAACGCUGCUACCUAACAAAAAAGAUCGUCUCGAUACGAAGAUGAGAAGGCGAACCUUACAUCCUAAAUGGAAUGAGACCUUAUACUUUGAAGGUUUCACAAUCCAAAAAUUGCAAAAUAGAGUUUUACAUCUUCACGUUUUCGAUUACGAUCGAUUUUCACGGGAUGACUCUAUAGGGGAAGUGUUUAUGCCGCUAUGUCAGGUCGACCUUUCAGAGAAACCAACAUUCUGGAGAGCCCUUAAACCGCCGGCAAAGGAUAAAUGUGGCGAAAUUCAGAUCGCUCUCUGCUAUCACCCUUCUAAUUCUCUACUUACCAUACAGCUCAUAAAAGCAAGAAACCUUAAAGCAAAAGAUAUCAACGGCAAAUCAGAUCCAUAUGUAAAAGUGUGGCUGUACGUUGCUGAGAAGAAAAUAGAAAAGAAGAAAACGCCAAUAUUUAAGUGCACGUUGAAUCCUGUUUUCAACGAGACGUUUAACUUUGAUCUCACAUGGGAUAAAUUUAGAGAUUGUUACCUAGACGUUAUGGUUAUGGAUUUUGACAACAUUGGUCGGAACGAGCUCAUAGGCCACAUCAUAUUAGGAGGGAAAAAUGGAAGUGGUGUAUCCGAGACGAAGCAUUGGCAGGAAAUGAUUACGAAACCAAAGCAAACCGUCACAUUGUGGCAUCGUCUAAAACCGGAAUAAAAAACUACAGCUUCCAAUUCUUUGAAUUUUACUUUCUUUGCAUGUUCUCGACUCGCAUUCUAAAAAGUACGAACGAUCAACAUGAGAAUCAUUAAAAAAAAUAUUCGCUCUUCUCAGCGUGCCUGUCAUUUAUCAAAAAAUCCAGAAAAAUUUCUGCUCUGAAAACUAAAAAAAAGCAGAGGGGAUAUAAUGGAUGCAUGAUAAUGAAGACAAACAAACAAAAAGUAGAAGAAGCGGGAAAAUAAGGAACCUAGAGAAACGAAGAAAUGGGAAAGAGAGAGAGAAAGAAAAGGUUUAUUGGAAACAAAAGAUAUGGAAAAAAGCGGGCAGCGAUCUCUAAAACAAUGGGUAGAAAAAAAGAUAAUGGAGAGAAAAUACAAUCUCGCACUGUUCAUUCUUUCGAAUAAUCUCAUUCGUCGUUUUUCAUAUAUAUGCAAGUAGUCAACUGCUGACUACUAAAUUCACAAAAGAAGAAUAAAUAAAAAAAACUCAGUGCCAGACGUUAAAAAUCGCCAUCAUCAGAAUCUUUUUUUUCCUCGCGAAGAGAAAUAUUUCUAAAAAGCGCCCUGACCGCAGUCAAUAAAAAAAAUCCCCCUUUGAAUAAUCAAUUGAAAAGAUUGAAGAGAGACUCAAAAUCCAAUGGAAUUUUUCUCUCCGUGAGUUGAUUAAAUCCGACUAAUUAAGCAAUUGACUAAUUUUUUAGCUCUGUAAUAAGAUAUUGAGAAAUCUUGUAAGAAUAGAAAGUAUUUAAGGACAUAUACAUAUAUUAAUUGUGGGGCGAAACAGAAAAUACUUUUGUGAUUGGAAUAUUCACACUGAUGGCAAAAAUCGACCGUUGUUUUAUACGGACGACAAAAGUCUAUAGUAUUAUUGAAAAAAAUUACUCUUAUAGAAAUCAUCCUCAUCAUUAUAAUCUAGUCGAAAUCUAAAUAGGACUUUGUAGGACAAAAAAAAUUCGAUUCGAUAUCAUUUUUGAAUUCACUAGUUAAGACGUACGCGCAAAAUUUAGAGCAUAUCAUUAACUCAAGAGAGAUUCUUGUUUACCUGAAAUGAUGUUUUAAAACUAAUACAACUUGGUUGCAAGUAACAUAAGUUCAUUGUUCAACUGUAAACUCGCCAAGUUUCUUCAAGUUGAGUAUAAACUUCCAUUGUGAUAAAUUCCGUAGUCAUUUUCGUUUGCCUUUACUCAGCUUGAAAAUAACUUUCGGUAAAUAUUCUAAAAUCUCAUCUUUCAAUUACUUUAAUUUUAAGUUUACAAAAAUUUUAUGUUUUAUCUUACAAAAUAAAAAACGUUAUAAUCCAAAUUUGUUUUAUAUUACAUUUUGCUUCCUCAUUGUGGAAGUAUUGUUUUGACGAAAAAAUUCGAGUGGGAUUUUUGGCCAUAUUUUAAGGAUUAACCAAGUUCAACUUUUUUCUAAAGUUAAAAUUUUCAAAGAAACGUUUUUUGCCCAUAACUUAAAAAAGAGUAUGAAAAUCUAUAGAUAUUUUUCUUUUAAUUUGUAGAGCUUUUUAAGACGCAUCUUUUGACAUAUUUUGGAAUCUUUAAAAAUAAAAUAUGACGGAAUUAUUAACGGUUUAAAAAUAAAAUUUUUUUAAAUCUGACUUUUUUGCAUUUUUUAGUUAUUGACUUAAAUCUCUAUAAGAAAGAAAAAUGUUCAUGAAAUGACCACAAAACAAAUAUAAAUCUAUGAGGAAGCAAUAUGUACUAUAACUUGGCAGCGGUUUUUUUUUUGUUUUUAUAAUAAAAUAUUUUUUAAGUUACGACAAUUUACUUCAUCAAGUUAUAUUAAACAUAGAAAUAUAUUGAAAAUUCUCAGGUUAUAAAAAACUAUUUUGUACAUAAACAAAAUGUUUUGUUGGUAAUUGCGUUUUUUUAAAUCUUUUAGAAUAAAAUUUAAUUUUGAGUUGCUCAACUUCUUGGUUUUUGCAACGCAUAAUUUUUAUUUUUCUAACAAAAUUCAAAUCAAAAUAUACUUCAACAGUUGAAUUUUUUUAUAAUAAAAUUCAAACAUUAUUUUAUAACAUUAUCUAUAUUAUAUUUCAAAUAUUUAUUAUAUAUAUAAUUUAUUUAUUUAUAUUUUACUGUUAUAUAAAUAUAAUAAUUUUAUUCUAUAAGAAUAUAAUUUUAGUUUCUAAGUUCAAAAUUGUAAUACUUUUCAUUGGUUUUGAAUAAAUGUAAAAAACUCGACCUUAACUAGUGAAGUUUCAAAAAACGAUAUCUUUCAUUACUUUCUUAUCCUUUAUUUGCUAGCAAUUACAGUGGAAAAAAAUUCUAUCCUAAAUUAAUUUUUUUAUCGCCAGUGUAGAGGGAAAAAUCAUGUUCAAAAUUCCAACUGUUUUGUGAGUUGCGAAAAAAACAUGUGCUCAUAUACUAGAGGGGACAUCAAAGCGACGGGAACUUUUAUUGAAAGUCGCAGAUCGACAAAUUAGAGGGCUUUUGAUUUAUAUAUAUAUAUAUAUAUAUAUAUAUAUAUAUAUAUAUAUAUAUAUAUAUA